AUGGGUCGUCCUCGAUUACGUGAUCGCCCUUCUGAUUUAACAUGUGAGGCUACAAGCACUCAAAGACGUUGCAAUGUUGAUCGUAUCAACAGAGGCGUUGGGCAUUAUACCAGUAGAACAAAUGGAGCUGUGCAAUCUUCAUUAGGUUCAACGGUUUCACAAACAUCUAGAUGUCUACAUUCGAAUCAGGUGGAAGGUGAUGUCCGUCGUAUUGGGAUUUCGGUGAUGCAAACCAUAGUUGUGUUCAUUGUGGAGCUAUGCUUUGGAAAGGUUUGCUUGCCAUUUCUUCGACAUCCUCCUCAAACAUUGGGUCGUCUUCUUGAUUACAAUGGGGAAUCACGAUCUCGAGUGUUUAGAGAAAACAUAAAGCUUUUAAAUGCGAUGUUUGCAUUUACCUCAACCGGUGGGAGAAUAUCUACGGAUUUAAAUGAUGGUCGUGGGCCUUAUACAUUCCGUUUGAAUGGCCACAACCAUCAUAAUAUUGGAUCAUUGUUGCCUAUGCAUCCUCAUGGACGCCCUAGAUUUGCUCAAUUGUACGUUUAUGACACGGAAAAUGAGAUUGAUAAUCGCUUUUAUGCUUUGCGAAAUUGUGUAUCACCAACGUCUGAUCAAGUCAUCCAACGCACAUUGGUGAAUGACUUGUUGUUGAUGCUUGAUGCGAACAAUGCAUUGGUGCAGGCUUUUAGGAUGGCACGUGAAAGGUUUAAUGACAACUCAAUGCAACGUCUUACGCUUCGCUUGCUUGGUACGCGAAAUAGAAGAGAAGGACAAUAUUCUUUGCCUACUGUUCCUGAAGUGGCUACAUUGAUUCCAGGUGACGGAAAUCCUGCGGACUCACGUGAUAUUAUUAUUAAAGAACGUGGUAGUCGUAGUGCAAAGCGUAUAUCUGAAUUGCACCCAAGUUUUGUGGCGUUGCAGUAUCCUUUGUUGUUUCUGUAUGGAGAAGAUGGAUUCCAUCUUAAUAUUCCUCUAUGUAAUAUAUCUGCAUCAAGUAGGCGGCAAACGGUUUCAUUAAGAGAAUAUUAUUCUUACCGUUUACAACUUAGGAGGAAUGAAGUUAUCUAUACAAUCGAGUUUCAGAAACGAGGACUUCCACACUCUCAUAUUCUGCUUUUUUUACAACCUGAAGAUAAGAUUAAUAUGGUUGACAAUAUCGAUAAAUAUAUAUCUGCUGAGCUUCCUUCGGAGGUGGAAGACCCUAUAGCUUUCGGUAUUGUUCGUACGCAAAUGAUGCAUGGUCCAUGUGGUUUGCUCAACCCUUCAAGUCCUUGUAUGCAUAACGGUGUAUGUAGUAAAGGGUACCCAAAGAAUUAUUGUGAGGAGACAUUCAUCCGAAAUUAUGGUUGGCCGUGUUAUAAGAGGCCCAAUAAUUCAAGAGUUGUUAAAGUUGGUUCUCAAGAUAUUAAUCUUGAUAAUCGGUAUGUUGUUCCUUAUAACCGUGAAUUGUUGGUGAAAUAUGGUUGUCACAUUAAUGUUGAGUGGUGCAACCAAGGGAUGUUAGUCAAGUAUCUUUUUACUUAUAUAAACAAAGGUCCAGAUCGUGCAACUGUGGUUUUGGAAGGUGCUCAAAAUAGGACAACGUUUGCGUCCUUAUUACAUAAUGAAAAUGAAAUUGAGGAAUAUUUAAAUUGUCGGUAUAUAUCUUCUAUUGAGGCAUGUUGGAAGAUUUUUGAAUUUGAAAUGAAGUACCGUGAUGUUGCUGUUAAGCGAUUACCUUUUCAUGAGGAAGGGUGUAAUAGAGUGUAUUUUCAUGAUAAUGAUGAGGUUGAGGAAGUUGCCCAACGUGCUACGGCUAGCAUGUCAAAAUUUACUGAAUGGAUGCGUGCAAAUGAAAGGUUUCCGCAUAGUCGUUCUUUGACAUAUGUAGAGUUUCCAUCAAAGUUCACUUGGCAUGAAAAGGAGAAGGAGUGGUUGCCACGACAUAGGACGGUUUGUCUUGCUCGCAUUUAUUAUGUGAGCCCAUCGUUGGGUGAAAAGUAUUACCUCCGUAUGUUAUUAAAUGUUCAACGUGGGCCAUUAAGCUUUAAAGACAUUCGUACGGUUGAUGGUGUUGAGCAUCCAACCUAUAUGUCUGCUUGCAAUGCGUUGGGUUUGUUAGGAGAUGAUGUUGAUUGGGUAGAUUCAAUACGUGAAGCUUCUCAAUGGCAGUUGGGGAAUCAACUUCGUGAUUUAUUUGUCUGCAUUCUAUUGUUUUGUACGGUUAGUGAUCAACGGAGGUUAUUUUUUGAUUGUCUACCUUACUUAUCAGAUGAUAUUGCUUACAAUCGAUGCACAAUACUGCAGAAUGAUGAUGUGGUAUUCACAGAUGAAGAGAUUCUCAAUUAUACAUUGAUUGAGAUUGAAAGAGUUUUAAUUGGUCAUGGUAAAAGUUUAUUAGAUUAUCCUAAUUUGCCUCAAAUUGAUCGUCAAUUGGUUGAUACUAUGGAAAAUCGGUUGAUUAUGGCUGAGCGCACCUUCAAUAUUGAAGAAUAA